GACUUCAGCAUUGAGGACCUGCACGUUGAUGGCUACAAGGAGGGCGUAUUGACGGAAUUCAUCAAAAAAUGCAACGAUCGGGAUGGCGGCACACGUGUGGAUUGCAAUCAGGCCGUCAAGGUCUACAUUGACGUGAACCCCCAUGAGCUGAAGAAGAUUGAUGACCAAAACGAAGAGUUUUCCAUGAUCUUCGUGCUGAAGCUGUUCUGGUUGGAUCCUGACCUCAAACACUUCGAGACGACAUUGACCGUGCGCAAUCCCGACGACUCGCUUGAGGCCCAUUUGCGCGACAUGAAAGUGUUGAUUACAAAGAUGUUUGCAAAUGGUGACCUGGAGUAUGUGGACCUCAGCAAUGGGCCCAAGCAGAAGCGAAUAAUGAAGAAAGAUGACUACAUAGCCAUCCAAGACCCAAACUGGGAGAGGUAUUUCUUUCCCGACUUCUCCUUCCUCAACCUGCAGGAUGAGGCUAAGAAACUCCUGGACAGCAAAACUUUGCUUUGGAGCGGUCCAAAGGGUGGAUUCGUGUGCUGCUCUGUCAAGUACGAUGCCACCUUCCAAGAAGGUCUUGAGUUGAAGUACUUCCCACUGGAUCGCCAACUCUGCAGGAUCACCAUCUCAGCCGAGAAGCCGGUCCAGGAUUUUCAGUUCGUUCCCGUCCACGGCAAGAAAAAGAUCAGUCAGCUCUGCGACAUGUGGGGAACCGAUGAUGCCAUCCAGGAGAAGUGUACGGUUUACGUACGUCACUGCGAUAGGCUGUUCCCAUACGAUGUGCAGCGCUCCUGUGUAAAGGUCCUCUUCCACCUGGAACGCAAAGGUGACUACUACUUUCACAGCGUUCUCGUCAUGGUUUUCCUGGUGAACAUUAUCAGCCUGUGUGCUUUCUCGAUUCCGUUAACCGAUGCCAGCGGCCGACUAGGCCAUGUCAGUACAUCCUUCCUGGCCGUCCUAGCAUAUCGUUAUGUCAUUGACGAGUCGCUGCCGCGCAAGGAGUACCUGACGGCCGCAGAUGUGUAUAUCAUCUUUGCCUGCAGCUUUCAAGUCGUCAUUUGCAUUGAGACUGUGAUCCUCUCACUCUUGAUUUCUCAACUUGAUGAGGAAGCCGAAUCGAUCUUCAGAACAUACACAUAUAUCGAUCGUUCCCUGGGCACCGCGCUUCUGGUCAUUUGGCUUGCUGUGAAUGCCUACCUGCGCUAUCUGUGGAAAUCCGGCCAGAAGGAAACCUGGCAGAACGUGUACAAGAGCAACAAAGAGCCCUAUGCGCCCAUUGAGACGUGCGCAGCAUGCGGCCACCAAUCCCUGAGCAAGCAGUGCCAGCACAGCCACACGGACAAGAGCUGUUCAAACUGUGGUUCCAAAGCCAUCGAAACAGUUUAUUACACGCCACACGACCGGUCACCCAUCGUUCCGCCCCAACGCUUUCCACCGACGCCACCGGAGCUCAAAGAAGCCAAAGCGACGGCUGGGAUGGCUGCAACAUGGACUGCGCCUAACAGGGCGCUCCCACCGUUCAGUGCU